AUCAAAAAUACUUUGACAUUUGACACUUGAAUGACUUCAAGUGUGUUGUGUCUAAUUUUUCAUAAUAUUUAUAUUAAAUUCAAUUUGUUUUUUGGUUUAACUAUUUUUAAAAUACAAGAUAAUCAUGGCUGAUAAAGAUAAAGCUAAACCUGCACAAUCCAAACAUAUUCCUAAAGAUGGACAGGUAAUAAUGUCUAUAAUGAAAGAAAUGGGCAUUACAGACUACGAACCGAAAACGAUAAUUCAAUUAACAGAAUUUGUAUAUAGAUAUGCAACAUCAAUAUUAGAAGAAUCCAGAAUGUAUGCUAACAACUCGAAGCAAAGAUUUUUAGGUGUAGAUGAUGUACGAUUGGCUUUGCAGUUGACUUGUGAAUCGACAUUUACAACACCACCUCCUCGAGAAGUUUUGAUGGAACUAGCUCAUGUUAAAAACUAUUCUAUAUUACCAGCAGUAAAGCCACAUUGUGGUUUAAGGUUACCACCUGAUAGAUACUGUCUAUCGUCCUGCAAUUACACAUUGAAGAGUACCAAAAAAGGUAUGAAACCCAAUUUUGGACCUGGAGGACCUGGUCUCAAAUUAACUCCCAAGACGAAUAUAAAUUUCCUUAAGCGCCCUACAGUGGGUAUUACAAAACAAACUGUAACAAUUCCUAAACCUGUAACUAAAGUUAUUUCUUCGCAACCUCAAAAAACACUAUUGAAACCAAAAAUUGAAAUAGUACAGAAUGUUCAAAUAUCUCCAGGUCAUGAUGAUAUGGACUUUGAACCUGGUUCCUUAAAGAGAAAGCGGGAAGAUGAAUCUGAACCAAUGCACAUGUAGGAUAAGUUAAAUUGAGAAGUUAUAAAAAUACGUAUUUAAAGAAUUGUAUUCUAUAUUUAAUUUGAAUAAACAUUUUGUAAUAU